AUGACACUUCAGAGCAUCACGGCUUCCCCUUCCACUGCUUAUCUUACUUAUGGUCUUCUUCUGCAGCUGUCAGACAUCGAUCUCGCUUAUGCGGACCAUUUAGUCUACUGGGAAGGGUUAAAAACCGUGCGGAUGGGAGCUCAGAAUCUCCAUGACUUCCUGUCAGGUUGUCUCUGCGUGAUGUGCAUUCAUGAGGCACUGGAUCUCAUGAGACCUGCCAAAUUAUUUCAAGUUGUGGGGCCAGACCACGGCCAUGACCUCAAGAGUGCAGAAGAUGGUACCACAGGAUAUCUGUACUGUGAUUUAUGUAUGUGGAGAGCUUGGGGAUCACAAGAGACCAAUCGUGAAACACGGGUUAACCAGUGGUUGUCUAAGAGUGGUCUCGAUACCCAUCUCGAAGCGAAGCGUACAGAAUUUGUGAAUACGCUCUCUGAAGCCUUGACGGUACUCCAAGACGACAUGUUGUUACCCAGAAUGAGUUCCAAUCCUGAACUUGCCCAGAUCAUCCAAUACAGCCGACAAAACUUGAUUGACACUUUGAGCGAUUACAUUUCUGGCCGUGGAGACAAGACCUUCAACAAACCUUCUCAUACCCACUGUUACGUAUUGAAUGCAAGUACAGGUUGUGGAAAUACGGAAAGAACACUUGGAGAAUUGUCAAAAAGCGUUGGAGAUUUCGUAUUGGCUUUCACUCCACUUACGAAUCCUACUGUGUGCGCCUCAUCACAUUACCCACAGGAGUCAUUACGCAAUCCUUUCAGGUCCGAAGAAGACGACAGCGAAAAUGACAACAGAGAAGAGGAAGACAUACAAGACAUACAAGAUGGGACCCAAUUUGAUAGUCUCACGGGUCAACAUGGAGCAAGUCGUACAGAUGGAAUCAAAUCAGUGAUACAUCCCGCCAAUUUCAUGUUGAAAUCCCUCACUAAGGCAAGUAUGAUACUCAUCUCAGCCACGGACAUGGCACAUACAGGUCCACAAGACGUUCUGAACAGGUCCUUCAACCUUCCAAUCGGCAUGAAUGCUCACAAUGGACUGUGGAAGACCAAAGAUAUGGAACAACUCUGGUUGCUCUUAGAAGGAAUGAUAUCUGGUCAUAAACCUAGAGACCUCUUGACUGCUGCUAGUAAUGAGGUUGAAAAGUUAAAAGAGCAAGCUAAGACAAAAGAUCUUGAUUCAUACCAUUGGUCAUCAGAUGAAGAUACUUUCAGAGACAAGCCUACAUUGACAUCAACAGUGAAAUUGGCCUCAAGUAGGAUUCAGCUUGCCCACUGGGGAGUGACUUCCAUCAUGGGGAAAACCCCAAUGUGGGACACUUCGGGUGUGUUUAGUAUCAGAGAGUUGGAGAAAGAUAUCUGUGAGAAGCUUAUAUCUUUGAAGCCGUCUGUUGUUGGAGGGAUCAGAUAA